CAAAGUCUUAUAUAAGCGAAAACGUCGGCUCAUUUGUUCAGCGCACGACGACAUCAUCCUUCUCUUACGUACAUCCGUCUGCAGCGGCCUGUAACACUAGUCACCCAUCUGUACAUCUAGCAGCUAGACAAUCAUGGAUCUCAAUGCCAAAAACAACGGGCUUUUGUCGGCCUAUGACUCAUCUCGCAACUACCUCGUCAACAAGUCAUGGGGCCCGCUCGUCAACCUCGCCCGCAACAGUAUCUUGAGUCUCAUGAAGCGUAUUACUGUGGGCAAGCUUCGUAUACUCUCUGAACAAGGUGUUUGGGAGUUUGGCGACGUUGCCAAUAAAGAAGCGCCGCUUGCAGAGUUGCAGAUCCUCAACGAGACGUUUUGGGUGCGUCUGCUCAUGUCUGGAGACUUGGGUUUCGCUGAAGCAUACAUGGUAGGUGAUGUUGCCUGUCCUGACUUGGUCGCUGUCUUUCGCAUGUUUAUCGAUAACCGCGAGAACCUCAACGAUGCCACAACCUAUGCAUCCAAGCUCUUCUCUGGCAUCAACUUUUUGAUGAACUCACGAUUUGUCAACUCUGUCAAGAAUGCGAUCAAUAAUAUUUCGGCUCAUUACGACUUGUCGAAUGAUAUGUUUUCUUCAUUCCUGUCAAAAGACAUGACUUAUUCCUGUGGCAUCUUUGAAAACAAGGACUCCACCUUGUACGAUGCACAAAUGAAGAAGAUUCACACGAUUAUUGAAAAGGCUCGUAUCCAGUCAACGGAUCAUGUCCUAGAGAUUGGUUCUGGCUGGGGUUCAUUUGCCAUUGCAGCUGUCAAAAAGACGGGAUGCCGUGUGACGACACUGACGUUGAGUGUUGAGCAGCAAAAGCUGGCUCGCGAGCGGAUUGCUUUGGCUGGGCUCACUGCGAGCAUCGAUGUCAAGCUGUGUGAUUAUCGCAACUUGCCUGUUCCUGAGAAUGCGUAUGACAAGAUUGUUUCGAUUGAGAUGAUAGAGGCUGUGGGUAAGGAAUACCUAUCUACAUACUUCAGUUGCGUCGACAAGCUGCUCAAAAAGGAAGGUGGAAUUGCAGUGUUCCAAGUGAUCACCAUGCCAGAAACACGUUAUGAGCGAUACUGCAGCGAAGUUGACUUUAUCCGUCGUUGGAUCUUCCCGGGUGGUCACUUGCCCACAGUAACGACGCUUGUACAAGCCAUCAAUACUGGCUCGCAGAAUCAGCUGAUUGUCGAUGAGAUUAUCAAUAUUGGCGGUCACUACAGCAAGACGCUGCGACUGUGGGCUCAAAACUUUGAGGAACGGUUCGAGGAUGAGAUAAAGCCUGCUCUCCUGCGUCAAUAUGGAGCACUCAGCAAAGAAGACUGUCUGAUUUUCAAGCGCAAGUUUUUGUUUUACUUCAGCUACUGCAUGGCUGGCUAUCAAAGCAAGAUAUUGGGAGAUGUGAUUAUUACGGUUGCACGGGAGAAUUGCGUGGCGAUUUACGAGGGACUUGAGCAGUAGGCUUGUAGCUAUAAUUUGACAGUGUCGCGUCUGCCGAGGUACAGUACAUGUAGAGUCAUUGUAGACUCGAGUGGUGGUUGAAUUUA